UUUCCCUUGGGUGAGCGGCUCCAGCACCAACUUGCAGGAUGAGUAAGAUCACAUUCUACGAGGAAAGAAACUUCCAGGGCCGCUACUUAGAGUGCGACACAGACUGCCCUGACAUGCACCCCCACUUCAGCCGCUGCAACUCCAUCAAGGUGGAGAGCGGCUGCUGGGUGCUGUACGAGAAGCCAAACUACACCGGCUACCAGUACGUCCUGACCAGGGGAGAGUACCCGGACUACCAACGCUGGAUGGGCUACAACGACAGCAUCCGCUCCUGCCGUACCUUCUCCUAUCCCAGCGAGGGCCCUUAUCGCAUGCGCAUCUACGAGCGUCCAAACUUCCAGGGUCAGAUGAUGGAGUUCAGCGACGACUGCGAGUCGGUGCAGGACCAUUUCCGCAGCCGCGACAUCUACUCCUGUAACGUGAUGGAGGGUUACUGGACGCUCUACGAGCACCCAAGCUACCGCGGCCGCCAGUUCUUCAUGAAGCCCGGAGAAUACCGCAAGUUCAGUGACUGGGGGGCCACGUGCGCCACCACCGGAUCGUUCCGCAGAAUCACCGAUUCAGCAGACAUAAUGGGGAAGAUUAUCUUUUACGAGGACAGAAACUUCCAGGGCCGUCACUAUGAGUGCAUGAGUGACUGCGCUGACCUUCAUUCCAUGUUUGACCGCUGCCGCUCCAUCCGGGUGGAGAGCGGCAUGUUCAUGAUCUACGACCGGCCCAGCUACACUGGGAACCAGUACUUCAUGAGGAGGGGGGAGUACUCUGACUACAUGGGCGUGGCAGGCCUCAAUGACUGUGUGCGCUCCUGUCGGAUGAUCCCCAUGCACCGCGGUGGCUACAGGAUGAGGCUGUUCGAGCAUUUCGACAUGGAAGGUGAGAUGAUGGAGCUGUCGGAGGACUGCCCCAACCUCAUGGAGCGCUUCCACAACUCCAACUUCAACUCCUGCAACGUGAUGGACGGACACUGGCUCAUGUACGAGCAGCCCAACUACAGAGGGCGCCACUUCUACCUGAGGCCCGGCCAGUACAAGAGCUUCAGCGAGUGGAAUGGCAACAACUCGCGCGUGGGCUCCAUCAGGCGGCUCAUGGAUCUCUAAAGACGGAGGCGCGGUUCUGGCGCACUGUCUGCUCUUUGCCCUGUUUCACACGCUGAAUAAAAUGGCGUCUGUGCUCAAGUGUUUUCAGUUUUGUUCUUGCUCUCUGCGUUUGGAGGGCAUGUUUUGUCCUGAGGAUGUGACCGGGUCAUGGACCAACAUCCUGACUCUCAUGAGAGGCUUGAAUAAAAUACUGCGAGCGCUGAA